AUGUAAUAUUAAUUUGAUAAACAAAGAUUCAUUAUAAGAUUUUACUUAAUGUUUAGACAAUUUAUAAUGGUUACUUGGUAACUGCAGAUCAGGUAUGAAAUGACUUAGUAGAGAGUUCUCAGAUCCACUAUUUCACAAUUAGUAUAUUAAAGUGUGUAUCCAGGAUUGAAAACCCCAAAGCUUAAAAUAAAAGAUAUUCUUUUAUUACUAAUCCACUCAGUUUCGUCUAAGAUACAUUUCCUAUUCGAAAAUAAAGGUUGCAUUUUUAGUUCACUUUUAUUGAUACUCAGAAACAAUUGCUUUUUAUCAAUUAACAAAUACUUUUGUAUGUAUAAUCUAAUCGUAGUAGCUUUCAUUACAAAACAAAUCAAAGUAAUCGAAUCUAGGUCUUGUAAUUUCGCUGUUAUUAAGUUUGA